AUCUUUUUACUCUCUAAAGAAAAAAAAAAAAAAAAAAAAUGUCAGAGAGCUGUAACUCACGCCACUUCUCAUGGCUCAUGAAAUCCUGCUUUCCCAAUCCAAAUGACAACAAAUCCAUCACUCCCCUUCACAAAUCUAACCAUUUCACCCUCUCCACCGCUGCCUUCACCACCACUAUCUCCUCUCUCCCCGACGACCUUCUCUUAGAAUGUCUUUCAAGAGUUCCCUCUUCUUCUUUGCCUUCACUGUCCCUCGUUUGCCGCCGCUGGUCCCUCCUCCUCCUCUCCCCUUCUUUCUUCAACCUCCGCCGUCACCGCAACCGCCUCCACUCCACUCUUUUUGCCGUUUUUCUCUCCGCUUCCAUUCCCACUUCCACUCUCUCCACCGCCACUCUUUCUUUACCCGAACAACAACACUUGGGCACGUCAUGGCAACGCGAUUCUGAUCUCAAAACCGAUUCCAUUUUCUUGGGAAACUCGAAUUUACUUCAUGGGUUCUUCUCCCAAGCACGGCUCGCUGCCAUUGGACCCAAAAUUUACAUCAUUGGCAAGAACGUCACACUUGUUUACGAUACUUGGACUAAAACUAUAACUCCAAGAUCGCCCAUGUCGUUUCCGAGGAAAAAGUUCGGUUGCGCUGUCGUUUUUGGGAAAAUCUACGUUGCCGGCGGCUCUUCGCGAGCUGAACCCACUGUCGACGAGUACGAUCCCGGUACGGACACUUGGCGCGUGGUAGUCCACGCGCCUCGACGCCGGUACGGGUGCUUGGGGGCUUCGGUGGACGGAGUUUUUUAUGUGAUUGGUGGAUUGAAGAUCUGCUGCGCUGCUACGGCUGGAACGGAGGCGCACGUGUACGCCAGCUCGAUGGAUUUGUAUGAUGUGAAGUCACGCGCGUGGUUGAGAAGCCGUACGGUGCCGGGCGGUGGCUGUGUGGUGGCGGCAUGUGCGGCCAUGGGACACGUUUAUGUUCUCACCAGUCAUGCAGUGGAACUCUCCUUGUGGAGAUUCGACGCGCGUAGGAACACGGCCGGGUUCGGCGAGUGGAGUAGGAUCAAGAGACCGCCGUUUCCGCCUCAAGUAAGGCUGGACAACACGGUGAAAUUCAGCUGCGUCGGCGCCGGAGACAAAGUGGUUUUGGUUCAAGUGAUUGGCUGUAUCGAUGACUUGUUACACGGAAGCGCGAGGAACACGAGGGGCUUGAGAGAAGGGCUUGUUUUGAUAUACGAGACGGUGGGGCAAUGUUGGAGUAGGGGACCAGAUCUGCCGGACGUGAUACGACGCGCCGCUGUGGUGAAUGUGGAAUGGUGAAGGAGCGAAAGUUGCGAAGGGCCUGAGAAAAGGGGUUGUUUUGAUAUACGCGCCGCCGUGGUGAAGGUGGGGAAAGUUGUGGGGGAUGGUGUAGUUUGGAUAGGAGACAAAAAUGAUUGUAGUAACGUGAUUAUUACUGUAAGCGUAAGGAGAAAAGUGGUAUUUGGAGGAGUUGAUUGGGCGUUGGGUUUGUAUUGAAAUUAUUGAUUGUCUCAUUUUAUGGUUUUGCAUGAUGAUAUUUUAUUCGACUUAUGUCAAAACGAUGCUUCUAUGUUUAGUCCAAUGUUUACAUAUAUUUUAUUGAUAUU